AUGAAUCCAAUUGCCAUGAUAACUCCGCCCUUCAUGCCCCCACCAUUUCUGGAUAUUGUGAUUGCAGUAAUAUUUGAAGUAGGUGUAGUUGAUCUUACAGUGGGUUUCUCAAGGGCAAUUGCUGGUAAGAUUGAGCUAGUUGGAGCAUUAGCUUGGGCUGUAUUAUUCUCGAAGGUAGGGAGAAAAGUUGGAAUAAGAGAUAUGGUGACGGGAGAAGGAGACACUACCGAAAGUGGAGGGAGAUUUAACAAGGAUGGAGCCUGGGAAGAAGUAGGUAGUGGUGGAGGAGUUAAUGCAGGAGAGGGAGGGAUAGUGAGCGGUCACUUUAUAGCGGAAGGAGGUGGAGAAACUGAGGUAGGUGGUGAUAGGACUGCAAUUGGCAGAGAAGGAAAGGGUGAAAGAGCUGGAGAGAGAGGUGUUGUGUCAAAGGAAGGGGAAGGUGAUGCUUGUGGGGGAGGAGGGGGUGAUAAGUUUACAGAUGAAGGGGGGGCAGCAGGGGGUGGCGGUGGUGACAGUUUUUUGUUAGGGGGAAAGGUGAAAAGGGGUACUUUGCUUUCAACCGAGAAUGAAAUAUGUUUUCCGAUUUUACCCUUAAAAAUAUACUCACGUGAGAGAGGUGUUCUAUUUUUAGUUAGAGAAAUGAGUAAAUACGAGCAUUAG